UCAUGUCAACGUGUGCACUGCUGCUGUCGUCUCAGGCAGCCUGUGGGCUCAGCAAAUCCACAUUCUCCCACGAGUCCCCUCUGCAGGCAGACCUACAGGACCCUUGUCCACCCGCUGGGCUCUGCAGACUUUGCGAGGAGAACAAACCUGUUUCAGAAUGUCUGGAGUGUUUGACAGCCUCUGAGCUGUGCAAAUCUUUUGGGGAGAGCAAGUCCUUUGUGAGGAGCAACAUCACUAAAUACUUGGAGUCUUCUACCUUUUUUAGAAGCAAGUGCAUUGAAGCAAACAUGCCUGCUGAACUUUUUGACCCCUCUAAAGUCUCGCAGCAAGGCUAUCCUAAAGAGUCUUUGGAAGUUGCGGCUGAAUCCAGGAUGAUUUCUGCAGAGAAAUCUGUUGACUUCAUGGUGCACCAGACCAUCUCUGGACUAAUGCAGCCUGAUGGAGAUUAUACUGAAAAUGGUCAGUUCAAUGGAGAGCUAGUAGAGGUGCAAGACAGAUUUGAUUCUUCUGAGAACAGCAGUCUCUUUGACUAUGACUUGGAGCGCAGUGAGUCCCUUGCAAUAAGCACAGCUUUUGUCUCUUUAGAAGAAAAACGUCUUGAAUGUAGCAUAGAGUCUCAAAUCAGUGAGCAAACUCAGAUCGCUGAACAUGACACUGAACCAUUUACCUUGUUGGAUGUCAUGCCUGAUCUUUGCAAGCAGGUAGAUACUGAAAUCCCUGAGCUUGUCUCCGCAGACUUUGACACGCUUUAUGAACAUGAAGCAGAAUUUGAGGGGCCUUCAGAAGAGUACUAUACCUCUGAUGGUUCUGAGGAAAUCACUGUUUCAGAUUUGUAUGAACGGUACAGCACACACAGUAAAAACACAGAAUUUGAUCUGGAUUCACAACCCUGCGGAUACCUUGAACAGUGCAGGCUUAACAAUCAAAACAUGCCCUCUGAAUGCCAUACCACACAUUUUGAACUGUCCGAACUGUGCCAGGCCUCAAGAGAAAUCAAGCCUGCCUGGCUCUCUGGCUCCCUUGAUCAGCAGCCACCUGCUGAACAAAGAGAAACCAUAGAUGACAGCGAGUUAAAUCCUGAAAUUGCCCCAGGAUCCUAUACUAACUUGUUUGAGAGCACAGCUCAAAGCCAGGUUUCUGAUGAACACACUUUGGAACAGACUGAAAACUAUACUCAACAAGAGCUUUUCAACUACAACCAGCUGUCUGAAAACAAUAUUAUGCCAGUACAGUGCUCAAGUUGUGGAAGAUACUUUGAGAAAUGUAAAAUUCCUGAACAGUGCAGUCCCUCUGAGUCUGCUGACCCUUCUGAGAACCCACAACAAAGCGGAAAGUGUCUGGAAUUGUGUGAGAGUUCUGGAACACAGUGUUCCGUAUUUCACACCUCUGAACUCCCCAAAGAAAACCCUCCCAUGGAAAACAACCAAGUUAGAAAAGACUCAGAUUGUGAUACCAUGUUUUUUGGAUCGAUGGAAACCUUUGAGGCACGUUGGCUCUCUCAGUUUCUUGAUGAUCACUGUCAACAAAAUACCUUCGGAAACCAUGCAGACCUCAGUGUUGCAAUCACUGAGCCAAAUGACGAGUUAAUCACCAGUGAGAGUAAUGAUGAUUCUGAACCUGUAAUUGAAGCCUCAGAUGGCUCCGCUGAGCAGAGGACACUCUGUGGGGUGUGUGAAAGGAGAGAAAAAGGGCAGUUUCAUUAUGAUGAACCCACUCAGCUCUUCAAACUUUGUGGCUUUAAGGCAGGAGCUCUUGAACUUGGCUCUGAGGAGAGCAGAGCCAAAGAAUCAGUUGUUAAAGCAGGGUCUCUAGAUGAAUCUAGCGAGGAAGAGUAUGCUGACUGUAUUGAUAGCAAAAGCCAAAGCAGCUCUGAAACAGAUGAAUCAUUUAAAAGUUUUGCUGAUGAGCCAGAGACUUUUGAAAUCUAUCCUGAUCAUUCUGAUGACAGCAAAGCUUUACAGAAUUUCUGUGAGGAAGAUGAAGCUUAUGAACAUUAUACUGUUCACAGUGAAGAGUCAUAUGAGCUGUGUGAUGGUCAUGAUGCUUGUGAACUAUAUGGACAUGACAUGGUAGAUACAUAUGAAGAAAUCCACACAUCUUGCUCUGAACAAAAAGUAAUUGGAAACGAAGUCUAUAAAACUUACGCAGAAGCUCUGUCUUCAGGACUGUCUGUAGAGAACGGUGAAGGUCAUGAACCCUGCACUGAAUGCACAGAGGCUGGUCAGGGUGAGAGUUACAGUCUUAAUCUUAAUGCUGAGGGCACCACACCAUAUGGUGUAGAAGGCUGGGGCAGUGAACUCUCUGAAGAAACAGAGGUCAGUGAACCCUAUGAGGAAGUUGAAGGUGAAGCCGAUGGACUUCCCAGUGAAGCUGAAGACACUUGCAAGGCUUCAUCAGGAGAUACCACUAUAUUGGAGAACUGCAGUAGAGAUGAAGAUGAAGCUCAUGGACUUCCCAGUAAGGUUGAAGACACCUAUGAGACUUUGUCAGAAGAUGCCUUGGAUCCAUGUUCUCUUGAAUGUAUGUGUCAUGACCAUGAAAUCGACACCUGUGAAAUACAUUCUGAAAAGAUAAAUACUGCAGAAAAUAAGGUAUCUGAACAUUUAACAGAGGAAGUUACACAAGACCCCAUUCCUGAAAAAAUAUGUGAAGAAAAUGAAAAUGAAACACACCAGCUUGAUUUGACUGACGAAACCACAGUGAAUGAAAACUGUGAAGUGUAUGAAGCCAUUGAUGAAGUGGAAGGGGCUCAUGGACCAUGCUGUGGAGAGAUAGAAACAUCUGAAGAUGAUGAGGCCUCUAUAUUUGGCUUUGAAGAAGUAGCGAUAUACAUUGAAGAGCCCACCUUGUUAAAUGAGAAGGAGAAUGUGCAAAAUGGAGAUCAAGAACUAUUGAUAAUGGAAAAUGGAAUUGAGGUGCAGUCAAAUGAAAAUGAGGAGCUUAUGGAGCCUUGUGGUGAAACUGAAACAGAAGAUUAUUUCCCAGCACAAAGCAAAUGCAGUGAAAAGUUAGAAGACUUAAUACACCAAGUCUCAAGAUGUGAAACAACAGAGCAUAGUGAGGAUAGUACAGCUUUUAAGCCAGCCAGUCAGCAAAAGGCAGACAAUGAAGAAGAGGAGCCCUCUGAGGACAGUGAGGCAUCUGACGAUGAGUUCCCAGAGUCCUGUGAUUGUGAAUUCUGUGUGCCGUCUGUUGAUCAGGUGCCAGCCAAGCCGCUUCUACCGCAGAUAAAAUCUCAAGAUGCAGGAAAGAUCUGUGUAGUGAUCGAUCUGGAUGAAACACUAGUGCACAGUUCAUUCAAGCCAGUGAACAAUGCUGAUUUUAUCAUUCCAGUGGAAAUUGAUGGGGCUGUACACCAGGUGUAUGUGCUAAAGCGACCUCAUGUUGAUGAGUUCUUGAAACGGAUGGGUGAAUUAUUUGAAUGCGUGUUAUUCACUGCAAGCUUAGCCAAGUAUGCAGACCCAGUCUCAGACCUGCUGGAUAAGUGGGGUGCCUUCCGCUGCCGUCUCUUUCGGGAGUCCUGCGUGUUCCAUCGUGGAAACUAUGUCAAGGAUCUAAGCCGUUUGGGCAGGGACCUCAAUAAAGUCAUCAUCGUGGAUAAUUCACCAGCAUCAUACAUCUUCCACCCAGACAAUGCUGUACCAGUAGCCUCCUGGUUUGACGACAUGUCCGACACCGAGCUGCUGGAUCUGAUCCCGUUUUUUGAGAGACUGAGUAAAGUGGAUGACGUGUAUGCUGUACUCAAACAGCAGAGGACUAGCAGCUAGCGUGAUAUGUGGAGCAGCUUUCACUAUGGGGCCAGGGAGGCUGGUGGGUUCAUAGCGCCACUUCCCCGCUAACAGGAUCAGCCACCGGCUCGGUCCUCAUCACCUACCCAGAAUUCCAUUCGCAGGAUGUUUGACAGAAGAGAAAACGAGUUGAAUGAAACCUGGUAUGGCCGAUGGAACUGUGAAGGACUGCUUUAUCAUGCACACAUUUAAAAAAGAAAAAAAAAAAAAAAAAGAUUUUAUUGAUUUUUAACACUCGAAUGUGUGUUAUUCCUUCUUUUUCUAACUCUUUUAUUUUUCCACUUAAAAGGCAAGGUAGAGGGAUGCCCUGUUUAAAUGAACAGUCCGGAUUAACAGUUCAGUAUCUCUGAUUUUUAAUUGAGAGACUUUUCUGGAUGACUAGAUUUCAGCACAGCA